GGCUCUUAGUAUGUAAAAUAAUUCAAGGGGAAAACAAAAGGCGGAGAAAAAGCCUAAGAGCAUCUCCGGUGCCCUUUAUUUUGAAGCCGAAGCAGUUCCUCUUUUUCUUUCUGUUUCUUUCGUGUCCGACUUAGAGAUCUCUCAUCCCAGUCUCCAAAGCUCUGUCUGCACUCAUGCCAUUCGGUGGUUGAAUCGACGGCACCAGAGUAUUCGUCGGCGAAAAUCUAAGCGACUAGUCACUGGCUGCGCUGCAGUGGAGGGUUCUCUUCUUUAUUUGAUCGAAGAGUGGUAGCGGGACUGAUUAUUAAUGUCCACGCAUGGUUGUGAUUUAUGCUGUGUUGGUAUUGUAACUUUCUUACUUAAUGAAUCAAUAGAAGAAUAAAGACAUAUUACAGAAUUGGAAAUAGUCAUAAUCUUUCUUAGCAACAUCUUCCUGCAUAAAGGAAAAGGAUUACGAACCUGAGAAUCAGCUAUGAAAGCCCACUUAGGUUCUUUUGUUCUCCUCUCAUUUCUCCUUGUCCUGAGUCUAACAGUUCGUACUAAAGCUGAGGUUUUAGCACUUACAGCUGACACCUUCUCUGACAAGGUGAAGGAGAAAGACACUGCGUGGUUUGUUAAAUUCUGUGUUCCAUGGUGUAAACAUUGUAAGAACUUGGGUUCACUAUGGGAGGACCUUGGAAAGGCAAUGGAAGGUGAAGACGAAAUAGAGAUUGGGGAAGUUGAUUGCAGUACAAGUAAACCAGUAUGUACAAAAGUUGAUAUCCAUUCAUAUCCCACAUUUAAGCUAUUCUAUGAAGGUGAAGAACUUGCGAAGUAUCAAGGCAAACGGGACCUGGAAUCACUUAGAAAUUUUGUCUUGGAAGAAGCUGAAAAAGCAGCUGCAAAGGCACAGCUUGAUGAUGAUAAGGAGUUGUGAUAAUUUGAGUUUUGGGGCUUCUAACAAAUCAGCAUGGGAAUAUGGAGCGAUGAUGUCAGAUAUGGUUUUUUGCAGUGUCAUAAUAUUUUGUUGAGUUCUAGCCGAGCAUGUUAUCAGGAAUAAGUAGAACUAAUCCAGCCAGUAAUAUGCCAGUUAGAAUUGAUUCUUUUGCUAGCACAAACAUGUAUUUGUAAAACUUACAAAUUCAUAAUCUCCUCUCUAUUGAGUGUUUUUGUAUGCUUUUACAUAAUUAAUUCUGUUGAGCUCAGACUACAGUUUUGUU